GAGGAAAAUGUCUGACUUACCCGCCGAGCCGCCGGCCGUGAUCUGAUGAGACGCCUCCUGCAGCAAGCCGCCCGGCUUCCUGGACAUCUUCACCUGCGUUGGGGAAGCAGCAGAGCGCAGGAUUUUGGAAGACAUGGCUAAGGAAUUAUACACAAGACAAGAUUUAGGGAAAACUAGAUUAUUUUAAAGAGAAAACGUUCACAUCUAAGGACUAAGGCACCAAAACUUCAUUGAGUGCUGUACAAACACUUAAGAAGAUAUAUGACCACAUACACUGAAUACCAAAGUACAGACUUUUCAUACCAGCUGUUUCAUAGAUUGAUCUGAACUUCCUUUGGCUAAUCCAAAAGUAAAUGAGGAACUUAGAAAAAGGUUGCCAACUCCAAAUCAACAGUUAUACAGAAUCAAAAAAGAAGAAGCUUACGGCUUCAUUUGAGGACUUUUGUAAAGCACUCACUGUUCUAGCUCUGCAAUCUGGAGCAAAAACCAGAGUGAGUGCCAGAUCAACAAGUUCAGAAGUACAAAUGGAGGACUGGUCAAAAGAAAUUUGUAAUCUGGAACAGCAAAGAGAAGACUUUUGUCUGAAAUUUCAGCUUUGUCCAAAUUCUUCAAGAAGCCUACGACCACAACAUGAAUUGGUCAUCCAAGGCAAUGUUGAAGCAAUGAAGCGGUCAGAUUUGCCAACAGCCACCUCACUCAGUAUGCAGAGUGCUAGCACCCAGAAUGUGUGUCUAGAUCAUGUUAUUGCCCCUUGUAAUGCUGAAGAAUCAAGUAUUACAGAAAAACAAGGUAGAAUGCUCUCUGACCUUAUGACUUCUUGGAAGGAGACUGGAGACCUAGAUAAAGAGAUGAAUAUUGCAUUCCUUUUAAAAGAAUUGGAUGUUGUAAGGGCAAAGAAUAAAAAGCUUCAGGAUAAGCUGUCUGAAAAAGACAAGGAGCUGAAGACAAUAAAGCUGGACUUAGAACUGCAAGAGAGAGCUACAGAAGCUAAGAUUGCGGAAAAGACUGCAGCACUCGUGGAAGAAGUUUAUACAGCUCAACGAGAACGUGAUGAAGCUGUCAUGGCUAGACUUAGGUUAGCCAAUGAAGAGCGAGAUGAAGCACUUCUUCGAGCCAAGCAUUUGGAGCAAUCUCUUAAAGAGCUAGAAAAUAUUAACCCUGAAGAAAAUGACAUGACAUUACAGGAAUUACUGAACAGAAUAAACAAUGCAGACACAGGGAUAGCUAUACAGAAGAAUGGAGCUAUAAUUGUGGAUCGAAUACACAGGACCAAGGAGCGUAGAAAAAAAAUAACAGCUGAGGAAAUGAAUGCGGUGAUAGAAGAACGGGAUGCAGCUUUGUCUCAAUGCAAACGGCUGGAGCAGGAGCUUCAUCAUCUGAAAGAGCAGAACCAGACUUCAGCAAACAACACGAGACAUCUGACUGCUGAAAACAAUCAAGAACGUGCUCUGAAGGCAAAGUUGCUAGCUAUGCAACAAGAGAGAGAGGCUGCUGUUCAACAGAAUAAAAAACUAGAAGAAGAAAUUCAGACGCUACGUGUUUAUUACAGUUUACACAAAUCUCUAUCCCAAGAAGUGAGUCUUAAGGAUCAGUUUAACUGUACUCUUAGUACAUAUGAAGAUGCAUUGAAAAGCAGUGAGGAUAUUGUAACCAUCACACAUCGCCAAAAUGAGCAGCUAGCUACCCAACUGCAGCAAGCCCUAACAGAGCGAACAGAUAUGGAAUUAAAGCUUCAGCAAGCUUUAGAAGCUUCACAAGAGGCCAACGAAAAAGUUCAAACGUUGGAAAGGCUGGUGGACGUCCUGAGGAAGAAGGUUGGAGCAGGGACCAUUAGGACUGUGAUCUGAUUGAAAGCUCCAGCCUAGGGAAGUAUUCACAUCUGGUGACCAGGCUGCUUCAUUCAGCACUAUGUAAACACUAAAGCCUUAACUUAGCAAACAGUUGUUAGAAGUGGGACACUCCAAUGACAUUCCAGCCUGAGAUAAAAUCAAAUCAUAAAUGUUUAACCACUUCGCUGCUGAGUUGUGUUAUUUGUCAAACUGUAUCUCUGCAAACAUGUAUUUGCUUUAAGCAGCUGUAUUCUGGUAUCGUCAGUGAGUAUUGUGGAAAUCAUUUGUGUGCUGUUUUAACAAUAGUCUCUUCUCUCAGUUAACAUUGUCGGACUGUAGUGUGCUGAAAGACAUAGUCUGGUCAUGUUGUUACAUACAGCCUGCUUCAGGGGCCAGUCCUACAAAGCACAGUCUCAAACUAUAAAUCUACUGUGCUAUUUAUCAGUCCCCAAACAAUUGAAUAUUUUAAUGUUGAAUGUAUUUCUUAAUUGAUAAUAAAAGUUCAGAUUCAAUGUUCUAUGUAUAUUAAUAUCAUGGAGAUGUUUCCCUCCUGAUCCACACUCAUAAUCCCUCCAUAUUGUAGUUGUUAAUCAGAAUUAUUUACAUGCAUCAUGGGGAAGGUAUACACGUGGCUUUAAAAAGAAUUUCUAUAGCUAGCACAGAAUCCUAUUAUAGAUCAAUUUCAGCUCCUUAUAAACAUGUAUGUACAGUUAGAUUUCACUAAAAGAGUAGAUUCAUUAAUUUGUAAAAAUGUAGUUACAUUGAUUAGUGUUGAAGCUCUUCUUCCCUCUCCUAGGAAGAAAAUCUCUGAGGGGUUAAUACUCCACCUUGCUGGGGCAAAGGAACUGCCAUUCACCUCCACUGUGUAAGGCACAGCCUCAUCUCUUCUAUAUCAAUCUUCUUGCCUCCUCCUUUGAAAUGGAAGCACUGAACAUUCUGCUCAGCCCCCCUCCUCUGGCUUUUGUGGGUUUAUGCUGUCUUCUCCCUUUAGUGAUUGUUUUUAUAGAUACAAUGAAAGAAGAGAAUAGAAGAAUGAUGGAAAGAAAUCUGCAAUAUGCCAUUUAAUGUGGAGAGUCAGACUCAGGGUUCGUAUUUCUGGUCAGACACUGCAACGUGCAGAAUGCAGAAUACUCUGCAUUCUUUGUCUGCAGACCUAGGCUCCUUUUGGUUUCAGUAUGCCAACUAGGCCACUUGCAGGGGAAGGUACAUUUACCUACAGUGCAUAGUACUUGUUAUGCCCCAGGAGACUCUAUGAGUGAUUCCAAACCCCCCACUCUGCCCCAAGACAGACUGUGAUUAUUGCUUCUGAACCUCCAUAGUCAUUAAACCACCGAUGACCCUUUAAUGCUUCCAGACCUGGGAACUGGUAAAACCCAAGAGGAACCAAUGACUGCUGCACGAGGCCCUAGUUCCUCUUGUGCGCAAAGUGAGCCUGUAAUUACUGUCUUGAGGAUGCUGCUCUCACUAGAUUGGAAGCAACUACUGACCUAUUCUAAUAUCCUUACUGUACCCGCAGUGUUGUAUUGAGUGGCAUGCCACAUGCUGUGGACACCUUUGUGCCAAUUCUGCUUGAGGGAAAUGGCAAACAAGGAAGGAAGAAGUUUUUGUCCAUGCUUGAGUGACCUAGGUGUCACUUUCACAUUUAUCUAGGUAUAUCUAGAAUUUUCACCUUGAUUCUCUCUUAAGGGUAGGGCUUCUGAUUUUCAGUUUUAACUGAUACAGCGCUCUUAGUACAAAAAAUGAAACUCGUGUUUAUCCAAUGAACAGCAGAAAUGGUUACUUGUAUCAAAGAACUUGCCUACAUGGAGCAAUAAUGUGGACUGUGGGAUGUGAUUUCUAAAGCGCACUAAUGUAUUACACAUUAAUUGGUCCAUGUAGACGCGGCUGGCAUGCACAAAAGGUUCCCUAGUGCGCUAUGACAUAGUGCUGUUUGAAACAGUACUGUGUUAAAGUUCACUAGGGAACAUUAUAAAGAGAUUAAUCAUUACAGUGUAUGCUACUGUAAUGAGUAAUAUAUGUAAUAUACAUCACUCAUUGCAGUGUAUAUAAAGAGACAGCCCACAAAAAAUCUACCCUGAUUUUUGGACAGCUACAUAAAACUAAAAAAAAAAAAAUUGCUAAAAAUAACUGCCCCCCCUCCCGCCCCGAAAUGAAAAACAGACUCCCUAAUGAAAGAGCUCCUCAUCCUUUACAUGCACACUUUACAUAAUCAUGCUUCCAUCCUCCCUUUUUAUCCAGGAAAGUAGGAUUGACCAUACAAGAUCAGAUCAAUAGUCAUUAAGUCAAAUAUACUCUUUCUGGUUGUGGCCAAUGGCUGAUUCUUCAGAGCAAGAUGAUGACCGUCCAUAAUACAGUUGUGCCAUGUUGUAUAUGAGGGAAAAUUCCUUCCUGACUCUGUGUUACCACUUACACCAUGAAGCAUGAGAUCAGAUUACCUUUUAGCAUGGAUUUUUAGCACCCUUGUAGUGCAACUACAAAUUACUUUUAUUCAUUGUUAAAUUAUCCAUCACCUUUUAAAAAUUCAGCUACAAAUAUUUGUCAUCUUUGGGAAAAUGCUUGGGAAGGCUCAUCUAAACGUGAAGGACCUCUUGAGUUCUAAUCCUGUCCUGCUACUGGCUUGAUGUGUGGCCUUGGGCAAGUCACUUAGGGCCAGAUUUUUAAAGGUAUUUAGGCACCUAAAGAUGCAGAUAGGCACCUAGUGGGAUUUUUCAAAAGCGCCAAGGUAAACUCCCAUUGAAAUAAAUUGAUUUAUUCUCCUGCUCCCAUUGAAAUGAACGGUUAAUCCCCCAGUGACUUCAGUGGUGUGGGAUCAGGCCUUUAAUCUCUGUAGUGUAGGUGAAUUCCUGGACCCAUUAAAAUCAAGGUGAGUUUUGCCAUUACCUUUAAUGGGGGGCAGGAUUUCACCCUCUUAAGUUUCCCCAUCUGUAAAAUGGAGAUAAUAGUAUUUUGUUUUUGCUUUUCCUCACAGAAUUGUUGUGAGGAUUGAUUAGUUAAUGUCUGUACAGGUGUAAAAUACUGUAUAACCACAAAAUAGACAUUAUUUAUUAGUCUCCUAAUUUAUGGGGAAGGAUGAGACUGUGUCAGAUUACAUCCCGGUAGUGGUAGUGCCUUAGCCACCAGUUCAGAGUAAGGGCUUGUCUUCCAUAGGCAAAGACUAUGACAAUGGUAAUUACUGGUGUAGCAGUGUCACCAUUACUUUGAUGUAGCAUUUCAUAUCCCUCCUGAAAUUUUGUGCAUUUCUCUGUGUGAUCAUGCAGCGAAUGACAGCACUGGGAGCCAUUCAUGAUGCAUGCCAUGAUGAAAUAUGUAAAUAGUGUCACGUUUUCUCUGGAUAAGAAUGUUAUUAAUGCUUUUCAGCACUGUAAUUAUAUUCAUAGUAAGCCUUCCCUAAGCCCUCACUAAUUAACAAUAUUGUGACAAGUCAACUUUAACAGAACAGAACUGUGGCCCUUUAGUUAUUUAGUACUGUUUUUCAUUCAAUCCACAGCCAAAAUCUCAUAGUGUAGUUUUGUACAUUGGUGUCAGGAAAGCUGCUGAUAGUUGAAAAGUUCAUAGCCCACUCAGUCUUGUAGUGGAACCCUAUAGAUGAAAUCAGUUGUAACCCUCUUUAAAUAUAUUCAGCUGAUAGGAAGACUCAUUAGUUAAUUAUUAAUGUAUGAGAAUUUGAAGACUGCUUUCACAAAUAAGCUAUCAUAUUGAAAUAAUUUAAUAAUGUCAAUGUGUUGUCACAGAGACAUUCCAUUUUUUUCAAAUUAUAGGAUAUUUUAUAAGAUUUUCAUUCACUUUAGUUUCCAAAUUAAAAUGGUUUUAUAAAAAAAUCUUAUUAGGUGACCUUGAAUUGUAAUUGCUUUAAUACACACACAAAAAUGAAGUUGCUAUCUAAAUGUCAGUUUCUACAUGCCUUUGUUUAAAAUAAUGCCAUAUGAAAGCUGCUUUUUGAGGGUGCUGUACCCCAUGUACAAACAAAUUACUGUGAGGCAGAGAAAACUCUUGCAAGAAAUGAAUGGCAGUUUCUCUGCUACUAUACUUGACAGCAUUGCAGCAUUACGUGAAAUACAUCUGGCUUUUAUCAUUACACCAAUUAGCAUAAGGUCUGUGCAAAAUAUUCCUUUUUCUUCCACUGCACUGGUAAAUAAAAAAUGUAUUC